AGGUCUUUCGUGAGAAUGACAGCAAGCGUAAAACAUGGGUGGGGGCACAAGUCCCUUGUCUCCCGGAUCAUCGUCGCGUUCUUUGUCUUUAGUCUUCCUUCGGCGCAAACCGUGAAGCCCAGCACGGCUACGGAAGGGACAAGGGCCAGCACGACCGCCUUUCAAAAGUACUACGCCAAGAUGGUCGAGUCCCCGUCGCACGUAUUGGAGCUUGACGACAGCAAAUUCGACGCCAUGCUGAUCAAGCCCGGUCAAAAACGCAGUUUCCCCGUGGUGAUCCUCUUCACGGCCGCCAACCCCAAAUACGGGUGCCAGGCUUGCCACAUUGUCGGGAACGAGUUCGAAGGUAUGGCCAACACCUACCUGCAAAGGAACGCCCGUCGACCCAGCGACAAUCAGUUGCCCCCCCUCAUCUUCGCGCGGGCCGACGUGGAGACAGCGCCGGCGGUUGUCCACGAGAAGUUCCAGCUGCAAACGGUGCCACACCUGUUCUUCUUUCCCGCCAACCAGGCCCUCUCCCUCCCGGCGCGCAAUUUGGACGAACUGAGCGUGACAAGUGGUGGCACGGCCAUCGCGGAAGAGUUGGAGGAUCGGAUCGGCCUGACCCUGAAGCGCGUCCCCGACGUGCGAGCGACUGUCAAGGGCGCAGUGCUCUUUGCCGUCUUAGCGGCAGUGGCCGUCUAUUUCCUGAUGGACCAAUGGUCCUGGACCAAAACGCUGCCCUUUCGACGCCCUCUCUGGUUGUGUUUCUCGUACCUGGUCUUCGCCAUUGCCACGGGCGGCAUGAUCUACUGCAUAAUCCGACGCCCCCCGCCCUUCGGGAUCACGCAGCAGAAGUGCCAGAAACAGCUCUACAACGAUUUCGUUCUCCUCCGCGAGAAGUAUGACGAGGCCAAAGCCAACAUCGCCGAGGUACUCUGGGGGUUCCUUCCCUCCACCACCUCCUCUUUCCCGUCCAUCCCUCCCAUGCAUGUCAGCCCGGAGGAGCACCAACAGUACCUUGGGUACGAAGAACAGCGACAGCAUCGACAACCUUCCCACCCUGUACCCGCGCGGCUAGUUGAAACCGAGGCCCAAGUCGGCCCAUACCGGGUCGGACGUCUUUUGGGAGAGGGACAGUUCGCCAAGGUAUUCGCUUGCACGCGCGGUGGGAAAGAAGGGAAGCACGGAGGUGCGGAGGGCCGGAGGAAAGAGUACGCGUUGAAAGUCAUCAACAAGGAGAAAAUUUCAAGUCUGACGGCGCUUCGGCGGGUGGACAGUGAAAUUAGCGCCCAGCGCACUUUGAAACACCGAGGAAUCUUGCAGGUUUUGGACGUUAUUAACGGUCGCUUCGGGCUGUACGUGGUCAUGGAGAAGGGAGGCAAAGAUCUUUUCGACUACAUUGACGAAAGGGGGGAUGCUCGCCUCCCGGUGCCUGAUUGCCAGACCCUAGCGCGUGCAGUGCUGAAUGCGAUUCACUACUGCCACGCGCGAGGAGUGUGCCACCGGGAUCUCAAGCCUGAGAACAUAUUGCUGAAAACAGCCCACGACGAAAGCGAGGGGCGAGGGGAAAUGAAGGAGCAGGGCGGCGGGAGAGGGAGCGGGCUCGCACAGAGCCCCUCCGGUGGGGAAGAGAGGUCGAGGCAGGAGCAGAGCCCCUCCGGUGGGGAAGAGAGGUCGAGGCAGGAGCAGGAACAGGGACAAGCUUCCAGCCAAGGCAGCCAGAAGGCGCCGAGCCAGGACGGGCACGCGACACACUCUCUGUUCGACGUCAAACUCUGCGACUUCGGACUCUGUUCCUCCUUUGUCCGCGGACAGUUUCUGAAGGAUUUCUGCGGCUCCCCCGGAUUUUUCGCCCCGGAAAUGAUCACUCAGUCCAUGGGCUACGACGGGCCCAAGGCGGACUUGUGGAGCGUGGGGUGCAUCCUUCUAGAACUCAGCGUGGGUCACGACAUCUUCUGCGAGGAGUGGAUGGCCGCCUACGACUAUGAGUUGCUGCAUGAUCCACCUGCCUUCGAGGCCAAGAUGAGGGAAAGCCUGCAAGGGAUCGAGAGAACGAUGCGUGAGCGACUGGACUUAGAUCCUAUAAUGAUCGACUUUGUCUUGGGGCUCUUAGUCCUGGACCCGGCGGGACGGAGAGGAAUGGAGGAGAUAGUGACGCAUCCAUGGGACACGGAGCCUUCGGGUAGCGGGCUCCAGUCCCCUGCCCGAGGUGCUGAAAAAGAAGGCGAAGCCCAGGGGCUUAGCUAG